AUGCUCAACAUCGGCGCCACCGAAGUCGCCGUGCUUCCGCGCCACGGUCACAGCGACCAGGCUGAUGUGGACAACUGCCUCAAAUCGGACUCGAAGCUCAGCUCUCCUUCCAUCCAAGCCGGCAGUGAUGGAGACAUGCCUCGCCAUGCCGACCCUGAGGCCUCUGUCCUGGAACAAGCAGCGCCUUCCCGUUUGAUGCGCGCCAAGCAUGCGCUGGCCAGCUCGCCAUUCGGUCGUCUCUUUGGCAUGAGGACCGCGCUCGACCAUACCAAAAAGGCGGCUGCUCUCGCAAAGGAAGAGGCGGUCCUCACUGCCCUCGCCCACUGGUCGACCCGGCCCUUGCAGGAGUCCUUCGCCGACCUCUCCAGCUCUCCUCAAGGCAUCGAUACCAAAGCUGCUGCGAACAGGCUGAAACUCGACGGCCCCAACCAGGUCGCCAGCUCUCAGAAGCAGCCCUGGUGGAGACUCCUGAUCAGCAACAUUGUCAACCCUUUCAACGUCAUCCUCACCAUCCUCGCCGUCGUCGCCAUCUCCACUGAUGACCACUCCACCUUCGCCAUCCUCAUGCUCAUGGUCGUGCUCAGCGUCUCGCUCCGCUUCAUCCAGGAACACAAGUCCGCCAACAAGGUCUAUGCCCUCAAGUCGCUCAUCGACAGCUCCUGCCUCGUCCUCGGCAGGGACUCAGGCGAAGAACGGAAGCCCGUCAAGCUCGAUCGAUCUCAGCUGGUUGUUGGCGAUGUGGUCCGCGUGGCCACCGGCUCUGUCGUCCCUGCAGACUGCAUCGUCAUUGCGUCCAAGAUGCUCACUGUCUCCCAGAGCUCCUUGAACGGCGAAGGCCUGCCCGUGGAAAAGUAUGCCCUGGACACCACUUCUACCGCCACCAUCUCCGCUGCUCUCGACUCCACGGGCACGUCGGCCACCAUGGAUCGACCCAACCUCCUCUUCAUGGGCACCCACGUCGUCUCUGGUCAUGCGGAUGCACUCGUCGUCGCCACGGGCGACCGUACCUACGUCGGCACCGUCGCACGUGUCUCGGACGACUCGCAGGUGCAGAACGACUUCCAACGCGGCAUCUCGCACAUCUCGAUGCUUCUGCUGGCGUUCAUGUUGGUCAUGGCUCCCACCGUGCUUGUCAUCGACGGCUUUGUCACCAAGGACUGGAAGAACGCCGCCAUCUUCUGCCUUUCCGUCGCCGUUGGUCUCGUUCCAGAGAUGCUACCCAUGGUCACUACCGCCAACCUCGCUCGCGGCGCCAUCCUUGUUGCAAAGAAAAAGGCGAUCGUCAAGAAGCUAGAUGCGGUCCAGCUGUUGGGUGCCAUCGAUGUGCUGUGCAGCGACAAAACGGGUACCCUCACCGAGGACCAUGUUACCGUCGCUUCGACCUGCGCUCCGGACGGCAAGAUCUGCGAUGCGCCGGUACACCUCGCCUACCUCAACGCCAAGCUGCAGACGUCCGAGUUUAUCAACAACAUCGACAAUGCCAUCCUGUCGCACGUGGAAGACUCGCCGCUCGCGACUCGGCUGCUGGAGGGCAAGACCAAGGUGGCCGAUGUUCCCUUUGACUUCUACCGCCGCGUUGUGUCGGUGGUCUACAGCGACGAACAGGGGGAUGCGGACAAGCUGCAUCUGGUGUGCAAGGGUGCUGCCGAAGAGGUGGUUCGUCGAUGCACCCACGUUCGUCUUGGCUCGGCGUUGGACAAGAUCGACGUGGAUGCAUGCACUGCUCGCAUUGAUGCCAUUGCCAAGCGCGGCGAGCGCGUGAUUGCGGUUGCGUCGCGACGCGUCGCUCGCUCGCUGGUGAUCAACGGUGUCGCGACACCCGAGCUGGAAGCCGAGAUGGUCCUCGAGGGGUUCGUAUCGAUCCUGGACCCGCCGAAGCCCGAUGCGAAGAAUGCGAUUGCGCAGCUGCGCGAGCUGGGCUUGCAGACUAAAGUGCUCACGGGCGAUGCGCUGCCCACGGCUCGACGGGUGUGCGAGAUCCUCAAUCUGAUUCCCGGGACCCCAGGAGCAAGCGAGCUCUGCAUCACCGGUGUUGAGCUAUCGCAGCUGGGGCCGGUUGCAUUUGCACGUGCCGUGGAGCACAAGGUGGUAUUUGCCAAGCUCACGCCGAUCCAGAAGCUCGAGGUGGUGCGAGCACUUCGUGCGCAGGGCCACCAGGUUGCUUUUCUUGGCGAUGGCGUCAACGAUGGUCCGGCCCUGCGGGGGGCUAGUUGCGGGAUCUCGGUCAACACCGGGUGCGACAUUGCAAAGGAUGCAGCCGACGUUAUUCUCACCCAGAAGAACCUCGAUGUGAUUCGGGAUGCGGUGAUCGUCGGACGUGUGUCGUUCAUCAACACGCUCAAGUACAUCAAGAUGGCGGCCUCGUCCAACUUUGGCAAUGUCUUUUCCGUCACGGUUGCUGCGUCGUGGCUGCCCUUUCUGCCGAUGAGUCCAACGCAGUUGCUGACGCAGAACCUGCUGUACGACAUUUCCCAGGCCUCGAUUCCGUGGGACAAUGUGGACGAGGAGAUGAUCCGGGCUCCAGUUAGUUGGUCCACGAAGAGCAUGCUCAGGUUCAUGCUGUGCAUCGGACCGCUUUCGUCGCCAUUUGACAUUCUUACGUUCGUUGUCAACUGGUUCUACUUUGGUCUGCGCAACGCCAACGAUGCUGAUCAGGUGGCGAGGUUUCAGACGCACUGGUUUCUCGAGGGUUGUCUGACCCAGGUGGCUAUCGUUCACGUGCUGCGCACCGCCAAGUUUCCCUUUGCCCAGAGCCGUGCCAGCUGGAUGGUGUGUCUCACCACCGCCCUCAUCGCUGCGGUCUCGAUGGUCGCCCCGUACCUGCCGUUCCUCCGAAACGCCCUGCAGAUGACCUUGCCAGACCCUAUGUUUUAUGCUUUCCUCUUCCCCUACCUCGUGGCGUAUGUCCUCAUCGUCCAGGUAGCAAAGGUGGUCUACCUCCGCUUCAACCGCAUCUGGCUCUGA